ACUCUUGAGUUUUGACGGCUUUUAACAGAAUUUUGGCGGCACGGCCAUUUUAUAACCUUUAUAUUUCGUUUAUCCGUCUGUUGUGUUUAUAUUUGUUAAGUAUUCAGAAAGAAGCUCUAAAAAUGGCAGAAGACGUUCAAAAACACUCAGUACACACCCUCGUAUUCAGAUCCCUCAAGAGAUCCCACGAUAUGUUCCUGGCAAACCAGGGACUCCUACCUGCAAUAGACGAAAAAGCCGAAAAACUGAGGACGUCAGUAAAAGCCCGCGACUUUUACGGUUUAGUUUUCGACGAUGUGAAAAAAAUGCAAGCAAUGAAAAACCUGCGAGAAGCUGCAGCUGGUCCCAAUCCUCCGCCUCCAGGCACAGAUAAUCAAGAGAACCCUGAAAACGCGGUGGUUCCCUUUACAGAAAAUGCUCUGAGCACUAGAGGACAAAACGCCCAAACACAGUUGGCAAAUAUAAUGAAAAAAGCACCAACAACAAUGCCAAAACCCAAAUGGCAUCCGCCUUGGAAGUUGUACAGGGUUAUCGCUGGACAUUUGGGAUGGGUUAGGUGUUGUGCUGUUGAACCUGGCAAUGAAUGGUUUGCAACUGGAGCAGCUGACAGAAUUAUAAAAAUAUGGGAUUUAGCUUCAGGCCAACUAAAAGUAUCUUUAACAGGUCAUGUAAGCACUGUUAGAGGUCUGGCAGUGAGUGCAAGACAUCCCUAUUUGUUCAGUUGUGGUGAAGAUAGACAAGUAAAGUGUUGGGAUUUGGAAUACAAUAAGGUAAUUAGACAUUAUCAUGGACACUUAUCGGCAGUAUAUUCUCUAGCCUUACAUCCUACAAUUGAUGUACUGUUAACUGCAGGCAGAGAUUCCACUGCACGAGUGUGGGAUAUGAGAACCAAAGCAAAUAUUCACACUUUGACUGGCCACACUCACACUGUGGCCAAAGUCAUAUCUCAAGCAUCUGAGCCACAAGUGAUUACAGGUUCUCACGAUACCACAAUAAGACUGUGGGAUUUGGCAGCGGGAAAAUCCAUCUGUACUUUGACUAAUCACAAGAAGAGUGUCAGAGAUGUUAUUUUCCAUCCAACACUCAAUAUGUUUGCAUCUGGUUCUCCAGACAAUAUCAAACAAUGGAAAUGUCCUGAUGGUAAAUUUAUCCAAAACCUUUCCGGUCAUAAUGCCAUUAUUAAUUGUUUAGCUGUAAACGCUGAUAGUGUGCUAGUUUCUGGUGGAGAUAAUGGAACUUUACAUUUUUGGGAUUGGCGUACGGGUUAUAAUUUUCAAAGAUUGCAAGCUCCAGUGCAGCCCGGUUCAAUGGACAGUGAGGCUGGUAUAUUUUCAAUGACUUUUGACAACUCCGGAUCUAGAUUGAUUACAACUGAAGCUGAUAAGACUAUCAAAAUUUACAAAGAGGAUCUUACUGCUACAGAAGAAACGCAUCCAAUCAAUUGGAAGCCAGAUAUUCUUAAGAGAAGAAAAUUCUAGUUAAUAAGAAAGACAAUACAUUUAUUAAUUAAAUAUUAUGUUGUUUUUGUUUUAAUAUUUUUCUUUGAUAGAAUAGUAAUGGCAAUUUGCUGACAAAUAAGUCCUAUUGAGUACUGGGCUAAUAGAAAAAUUACUCUUUGAGUCCAAUUUAAUACGUUGUAAAUAGGAUACAGCCAAAUUCCAUGUUUAAAAUAAACUGAUAGAUACCUAAAAAAAAAAUGUCUUUAGAAGAAUGAAUUCAAUCAAAAUGCACAAUACUUACAAAAAUUGAUAAACACUACAAUAUAUUGUUAAUCCGAUCAUACAUAGGGUCCGUGAAACUUCAAAUUGUUGAUUUUUAAAUUGUAUAAACAUCUCUAUUAUUAUUGGUACCGCUAUGAAGGUGUGAAGUGUAUGGUUGAGCCAUGAAGGAUAAAAAUUGUCAAUGACUUUGGGGAAAAUGAGUUCUCUGUCUAUAUGCCAAAUGGACCAAAAGACUGAUAUUACUAUAAGCGUAGAAGGUAGAAGUAAUGUGGAAAAUAAAUAAUGUCUAAUCUUUUCAAUUGAUUUUUGUAUUGAUUUUAAGUUCGCCAAUUUGGAUGUUUCGUCUGAG